CUGGCAUUGGUGGCAUGAUCUGCUUCGUCGGCGGGGCCCGUGAUGGCUUGGCCCACCACAUGGACGACAUCGCUAUCCCGGACGAGUUGGAGAGACUUACCAGAUGAAUUUACAUGCUGAUGAUUAACUUUAUCACGGGCAUAAGUCUUGUCAAAAUCUCCAUUACCCUGUUCCUGCUUCGUUUCGUAGAAGGGAAGAUGUACAAGUGGUUCCUUAUAUGUAUAAUGGUCUUCAUAAGCGUCAUCACCAUUGCCUGCGAAGGCCCCAUGAUUUUCCAAUGCCUCCCGGUAUCCGCCAUCUUCAAAGUCGAAAAGCCUCCUACCGCCAAGUGUAUUUCCCAGGACGCCUUCAAUAAUAUCGGCAUCCUCAAUGGGAGCGCCAACGUCUUCACCGACUUUGUCCUCGUUGUCUUGCCGAUUCAUAUUGUUCUGAAACUCCAUAUGAACAAGCGAAGGAAGAUCGCCCUCGUCUGCAUUUUCAGUCUUGGAAUAUGCGCUUGCAUCAUUGCCACGGUUCGGGUGUCCAUAGGGGCCAGGUUCUUCACAGCUGAGAAUCGAGACUACACUUGGAAUUGCGCCUCCUUCAUCCUGAAUGCAGCCGAGCUGCACAUCGGAAUCCUCGCCGCCUCCCUUCCAUCCCUUCGCCCCUUAUUCUUCAAGAUUCUCGACAGCGCGCGCAAAUAUGGUACGGGUGAUCUCCCAACAUCUCGAUACGGAACGCACACCGACAGUACACGCACGGUCCGAAGCGGAUACUGUAAACAGGAGGACAUUCCCAUGAACAAUAUGAAGCUGCGGCCCCCUGAAGGCCGUUAUAGCGACCAGAUUGUCAGCUCGGUUGGGCGGGGAAACGGUGAUGCUAGUAGUGAGGAGGGUAUAUUAACGCAGGGCACCAUCAGGAUGACAACUGAGAUUACCAUUUCGGAAGAACCGAACAGAGAUAGGCCAGGGGUGGAUCAAGGCGUGUAAAACUAGAUAUUACUACUUUAUCAUCAAGUAUGCUAUUUACCUCACCUAGAU